UAAAAAGUUGUGAAUGCACUCCUUAUUCUAGAAGCCGUAUACAUCUCUAUAGUCAAUGUAAUCAAUGGACCAUUGCCAAAGGUGGUUCCAGAAUACAGACCGGAAGCACCAGUGGUGCGAAGACGCGAACCUCUGCCGUAUAUGUUCUGGCAAGAAGAGCAAGAAUGUGCGCCUAGCUUCACCUUCUUGCUACGUCCUCGUGUUAUGCAGGAAAGAGAUACUUGCAAACUGCUCUGCUGCCUGAGCGGAAAACCGUUCCCAACUGUCAAAUGGUACAAGGACAAACGCGAACUUAGCAAAUACGAAUACUCGAUGUCCCAUUCAGACGGCGUCAUAACCAUGGAGAUAGUCGGUUGCAGACCAUCAGACUCCGGCAAAUACACAUGCGUGGCGACCAACAAACACGGCACUGACGAAACCUCCUGCGUGGUUAUAGUAGAAGGCGAAACAAGCACACCCGAGCAAUCUGCAUUAGCAAACAAACUGCUACACUCUGGAGAUAGAAAGUAUAUAGAACAACCUAUCAAACCUGCUCCGAUACCAGUCACUAUCAAGAGACCCGUUCCUGCAUCCAAUCCUGUGAAUCCACCUAGUCCAAUUCAACCUAGGUCUAACAACCCAAGUACCACGAGCUUAGCGAGGUCUUCUUCUAACCUAAGCGUUGAAGGUGAUAAGAGGGCUAGAAAAUACGGACGGCUUGACUCCACAGGAAGCCCGAAUAGAUCUAGGAGUGCUACUAAAGAACUUGCAUUGCCACCAGACGAAUCAAUGGGACCGCCAGCAUUCACUAAGACACUCUCAGACUUGACAGUUAAUGACGGUGACAGCCUGACAUUGACAGCACAUGUAAAAGGAGACCCAGAUCCACAAAUCGUGUGGAGCAAGAACGGAAAAGCCCUCAGCUCAUCAGAGGUAGUCGAUCUCAAGUACAAGAAUGGAAUUGCCAAACUACACAUCAAUGAAGUAUAUCCUGAAGACGAAGGAGAAUAUGUCUGCAAAGCUACCAACUCCAUGGGAGAAGUACAGACUAAGUGCAAGCUGACCAUUAAACCAAUGACAAACAACGUGGACGGUAAAAAGAAAAGCGAGGACAAACCACCAAAGAUCGUUAGCCACCUAGAGUCAGCCUUCGUGAAAGACGGAGAACCAGUAACGCUUUCUUGUCGCAUCAUAGGAGCUGAUAAGUUCGAUGUGGUAUGGCUACACAACAACAAGGAGAUCAAACCUUCCAAGGACUUCCAAUACACCAACGAGGCAAACAUCUACAAAUUGGUCAUCGCUGAGAUAUUCCCGGAGGACUCGGGAGCCUACACUUGCGAGGCGUUCAACAAUGCAGGAGAAAGUUUCAGCAGUUGUACAUUGAAUGUUGUUGCUCCAGGAGAACAGCCCAAGAGUCCAGUUUUCAAAACAUUCCCGACUUCCGCUACGGUGUCGGAAGGAGAAUCGGCCACAUUCGUAGCAGAGACAGAAGACGAGCCGUUGCAAAUUAACUGGCUGAAAGACGGCAAGCAGAUCAAGGAAAGCAGCGCAAAAUACAACUUCACAGCUGACGGAAAGAGAUACACCUUUGAAAUCCUGAAUUGCAACUCGAACGAUAUUGGUCAAUACCAAGCCAAGGCUAUAGGCAAAAAGGGUGAAACCUUUGCAGCCUUCUCACUUAACGUCGUACCGCCUGGAGAUGUCUAAACUUUAAAGCUCUGACUGCUCUAUUUUAUAUUUAACGAACGAUUUGCUCCACUUUGUAACAUAGUUAUGUGUAUAAAAUAAUCUAUUUUUAAGUGUUUUAUAUUAAAGCCUUGAUUCAGCGACACGCUUAUACAUCAUUGCCACAAUUCGCAUAGAAAAUUUUAGUUGUUAGUUCAAAAGAGCUUGAUUUGAUAUUAUUUCAAGUUUGCGAGAAAUUUUCUGUGUCACAUUGUGUCAUAGUUGUAUACAGUACGAAAUAUGCUUCAAGUAGAAAUAACUAGAUUUUAGUAUAUACUUACAGCUGAAAAAACCAGCAUCCUCAAUGUUUACCAUCAGUCGCUGAAAGUAUGUGCUAAUUCAUGCAAUUUUUACUCUCGACCGUUGAAAAUUAGCAGUAUCUCUAAUCAUUUUACCGAAAAAGAUAGGAGCAGAAUGUCGAAUUUUUAUUUAUUCAAACUGUAUUUAUUUUAUUGUGAGAGCUUGAGCCGUAUUUUUUUAAAAACGAUAUUUUUAUUAAGUCAUCGUUGUUCGUUAUUUUAUUAGAUUCCAUAUAAAGAAUUAAAAAGGUACAUUACUGCUUUUGCGAAUCCCAAACAAAUAAUGUAAUGUAAACGAGAAUAUAAAGAUUAUUUUUUAA